AUGGCCCUCAACCUCCCAAAGCCCGUACACUCGUACGCAGGGCAGGAUGAGCUUCGUCAGGUCAACGGCGGCGGCGCUGCGGCAACAGUAGUCGACGAGGACGACAUGGGCGAGUACCGCCCGCCUCGACACUCGGACAAGUUCAAGGUCGGCCUCAUCUACCCGCCCCCAGAGAUGAGGAAGAUCAUUGACAAGACUGCCGGUGUUGUGGCCAAGUCGGCCAACGCGGACGCGCUCGAGGAGAAGAUCAAGGCGUCGCAGGUGACCGACCCGCGCUUUGCGUUUCUCAAUGAUGAGGACCCGUACCACCAGUACUACCGCUGGAAGGUGGCCACGACGCAGGAGGAGGCCGAGGACAUUGCCAAGGGCAUUAUCCCCGCUCCUUCAGCAGCUGCGGCUGCUGCUGCCCCCGCCGCUGCGGCCGAGGAGCCCGAGGACUUUAUGCCUGGCUACGAGCCCAAGGCAUGGGAGUUCAAGGUCGACCUGCCUGGCGUGACCGCUGCCGACUUGGACAUUUUGCGGUUGACUGCGCUGUUCCAUGCGCGUCGUGGCCGCUCGUUCCUGUCUGCGCUGUCGGUGCGCGAGGGCCGCAACUACCAGUUCGACUUUUUGCGACCCACCCACUCGCUGUAUGGCUACUACAACCGCAUGGUCGAGUCGUACCAAAAGGUGUUGCACCCUCCCGCCGGCCAGGUCGACGACCUGGUCAAGGCCGACGCGGACCCCGAGGCCAAAUGGAAGACGUUGGAAGAGGGCACGAAGCGUGCGGCCUGGGAGCGUGGACGCAGGAAGCGCGAGAACGAAAAGGCCAAGGAGCGUGACGAGGAGGCCGAGGCGUUUGCUGCCAUUGACUGGCAAGACUUUGUCACCGUGGAGACCAUCGAGUUUACCCAGGCCGACAUGGACCUCGACCUGCCACCGCCGACAUCGAUUGACAAGCUCCGCGUCAUGUCCAUGGCUGAGAAGCGCAUGGCUGCCAUGAUCAUGGAGGAGCCAGCGGCGGCGCCUACCAUGGUUGGCUCGGACAAUGUCGAGGAGGUCGACAUGGAGGAGGACGAUGACGACGAGGACGAGGAGAUGCGUAUCCAGCGCAUCAAGCAGGAGCAGGAGCAGGCACGUGCGCGCGACAUCCAGCGUGCCGCAUUCGAGUCCAAGGGUGUCAAGAUCAAGAAGGACUAUGUGCCCAAGGGCAUCCAGCGUGGUGGUGCCGUGGCCACUGCAAAGUGCCCGUACUGUGACCAGUCGAUUCCCGAGGCCGAGCUCUCCGAGCACAUUCGUAUCGAGCUCCUCGACCCCAGGUGGAAGGACCAGAAGAGGGACUUGGAGCAGCGUCGCCAGCAGCAGCAGCAGCUCCAGAUCGGUGCCGACAUUUCCAAGUCGUUCAAGAACCUCGCUGCCGCCCGUCCAGACCUGUUCGACGAGACCGACGAGACCGAGGCCAAGCAGCGUGAAGACGAGGCCAACCGCAAGCGCAGGGAACGUGAGAAGAUUAUCUGGGACGGUCACACCAACUCGGCCGCCAAGACCCAGUCGACCUUCCAGACCAAGUUUGCGGGUGAGGACAGCGCUCGUCGGGCCAAGGAGGCAGCGGGAAUCUCGGACACGCCCAUCAACACUGUCGGCCCCCAGGCCGGCCCAGGCAUCAAGGCGACCCCAGCCGCCGCACACCAGCCACAGGCCCCGCCGGCUGCGUCGACCGGAGCGACCAUCUCCGCCGGCCCAACCGCGGCAUCAGCACCUGGUCCGUCCAUCAACCCGGCCCGCGCGGCCAUGAUGAGUGGUGGCGGCGGUGCUGCUCCCCCUGCCCAGGCUUCCGGCCGCAGGCGCGGUGCCGAGGACGACGGUGGCCGCGGCGUGUCCAAGCGCCAACGCAUCGACAAGCUCCCCGACGGCCAGCUGUACUCUGAGAUUGACUGGAUGUCGCUGCACCCCGAGGCGAUCAACCUCCAGGUGGCUUUGCCAGACAUGAUGGCCGAAAAGCCCGAGUGGAAGCUGAAUGGGUCCAUUAUCACCAUCUCCGUCCCCGUCAACACGUCGUUUGGUACCCUCCGCGAACACAUCAAGCGGAUCGUCGACGCCGACCUGCCCAUCUCCCGCCUGCGCCUGGACUAUGGCGCCAAGGUGAUGAACAAUUCGGCGUCGUUGGCCAGCGUCAACCUCGAUGAUGGGGACGUGGUCGUGUUGACUGUGCGUAAAAAGUAG